AUAAAUUUCUUUUCGUACCGAACUCUCUAUAUUCUCUAGAAGUGAAAGGAAAAAAAAAAAGGAAAAAAAAGAAAAAAGAAGAUGGUUUCAGAAUCCGAAAUUGUAUUCGAAUUCGGUCCCUAUCUUCGUGCAUUCAAAGAUGGACGUGUAGAAAGGUACUUCAACACCGACGUAGUUCCUCCUUCAGAUCAUGGCAAUGGAGUUUCUUCAAAGGACGUUCAGAUUUCUCAAGAAACCGGCGUUUCAGCUCGCAUUUUCAUCCCAAAUACCACCAUUUAUGCCAAUGCAGCAGGCCAAGAAAAGCUCCCACUUCUAGUGUACUUUCAUGGCGGAGGAUUCAUGAUUGGAUCACCCUUUUGCGCAAUGUAUCACAACCACAUCACUUCGCUUGUCAAAGAAGCUAAAAUCGUCGCCGUUUCGGUGGAUUAUCGAUUAGCCCCUGAGCAUGCAGUCCCCGCAGCUUAUGAAGAUUCGUGGGCUGCACUUCAAUGGGUUGCUUCCCAUGUUGAUGGUGAAGGACCCGAAGUUUGGCUCAACAAGCAUGCCAAUUUCCGGCGGGUAUUUUUGGCCGGAGACAGUGCCGGCGGCAACAUUGUGCACAACAUGGUGGUGAAGACAGGGGAAGAAGAACUGGCCGUGGGGAUGGAAUUUGAGUUGGUCGGGGCCUGUUUGGUUCAUCCGCAUUUUGAGAAAAAGGAAGGUGACGACGUGGAUGAGUGUUGGCGUUUUGUGUGCCCGACAACAAGUGGGCUUGAUGACCCGAGGAUGAACCCGAGUGUGGAUCCGAGAUUGGGGAGGCUUGGUUGCAGGAAGGUUUUGAUUUGUGCCGCUGAGAAGGAUUUGUUUAAAGAGAGGGCUUUGAAUUAUUAUGAGGCUUUGAGGAAGAGUCGGUGGGAUGGUGAAGUGGAGCUUGUAGAAACAGAAGGUGAAGAGCAUGUGUUCCAUUUGUUCAAUCCCAAUAGUGAGAAAGCCGUGGCAUUUUUGAGAAUUUUAGCUUUUUUCAUAAAUCAAAGCUAAUUAAUUUAGCACCGUAUGGUUCAUCAUAUUCUGCUUUUUGCCUAUUUAAAUAUAGCUUUCAAUUUCUUAUUUGGGUAUAUGUCUUUGGCAAAUAGCUUUUGGGUUUUCAAAGUAUCAUACAAAUGUAAUGCUUAAUUCAAUAGAGAAUUUUAUAAUA